GCCUCUGUUUCCACUCGCCUGCUGGUCGCCAUCAUCCGAACCUCCAAAAAGCAAAAACCAUGGCGCAGACCGCUCUCAAGCAUGUCAUUGAGUGCCUCUCGGAAGUUUUUGAUAAAUACGCGAAAGAGGACGAAGAUGUCCACACGCUGAGCAAAGCGGAGGCAAAGAAACUCUUGGAGACCGAGCUGCCUGAACUGCUGAAGAAUCCCGGAGGCUCGGAGAAGGUGAAACAGAUGGUGGAGGAUCUCGAUCUUGACCAAGACGGCAAGAUAGACUUCUUGGAGUUCUCAAUAAUGACCAUGACUCUUUCCAUUGCGCACAAGCUCUGCAGUUGAGUUGUUCUCUGCGGCUGAAGGAAGCGGUCUGUGUACCGGCAUGGCCGUAAGAUGUUGAACAACUGAACUGCGUACACUGAGGACGAGGGGAAAAAGUAAUCUGUGCAUGAAAUGCUUUGCUUUCAGUAACAAACACAAUUCAGAGUAAAUCUGUUUUCAAUAUUUGGGUGUAAGGAUUUUUAUUCAUAUUAUUAUCAUUGUUAUUAUUUGUCCCAUGAUGGUUAUAAUGUGAUUUUUUUUUUUUUUUGGCUUGGUUCUGGUUGCUGCUUCUGUCUGCACUUGUCAUGACAGCUGCUUCAAGAAACGAGUGAACGGCCGCGCCCUGGCUGUGACCGGGCAGCAUGUUGUUACUGAUCUCUGUGACAUCUGAAUAAAGCAGUCUGUCUACCUGGA